AUGAACAUCCGACUAGCACGCGUAGACGACCUAGCAGGAAUGCAAGCUGCCAACCUGCAGAACUUGCCGGAGAAUUAUGUGAUGAGAUUCUGUGCGUCCCAUCUCACCUUCCAAUGUCCAAUCUCCCGUACUUCUGUUACUAUGGUUUUACUCAAUCUUGACCUGCCUCUCAUGCGCCCUGCCCUGUGUGACACCUACCACUACCCGGGCACGCCUCCAACCCUACCUGGCACGACCACCCAUCCACCUUGGCACAACCACAUCCGCUCCCCACUCAUCCACUCGGACCCGCGCCAUCUAUCGCUCGACCCAAACAGGGAUAUACCACGCCAUGACAUGGCCCCAAAUCUCCUUCGUCGCAGAAGACGAAAAGGGCCGGAUUGUGGGAUACGUACUGGCCAAAAUGUACGUUCUUUCCUUCCUUUCUUCUCCCCCAUCCCUUUGCAUUCCUGGUCCCUUGUAUCCCUCAUCCCUCGUAUCUCUCAUCCCUUCUGUCCAUCGCGCCUCGCAUCCCCCGCCCCUUCUACCUUAUCCCCCAGCAACCCUUCUGUCCCUGGCAUACCCCCGCCCUCGCAUCCCCCGCCCAUCAAAUCACAUCACAUCACAUCCCCCUCCCCUCGCAUUCCAACUAACCCCACCAACCCCAACCCCACAGCGAAGACCCCUCAGAAGACGGCAAAGAACCCACCCACGGACACGUCAACUCCAUCUCCGUCCUCCGAAGCUACAGACGUCUAG